GUUAGGUAUCCGGAUAAGUCGGCCUGACGCAACCAAGACGAUUCCAUUUACUGACUGCACGUGUUCUUUCAUCAUGGACGCUUCGAACCCUUCCGCUUCCAUGCCCCUUCCCAAGGCUGAUGUCCCUGCCGCGACCUCGACGUCCAAAGCGACCGCUGCGAAGAAUAAGGGAGCCGAAGUUGUCGGCAAGUACCUCGACUCGAUCAACAAGACUGACAUCGUGCGGAUCAACGGGUACCUUCGCUUCGCCAACAUUGGCGUGGGUUUCAUCUUCGGCCUCAUGGGGCUCGUGGGCAUCUUCUCUGUGAGCGGCUACGAAAGCUUCUUGGUGCAAUUGUACGUGAUUGUGCUCUCAGGCCUCCUCGUCCUCUUUGAGUUCCGGGAAAAGUUCCCCAAGCUUGAAUCCAAGACAAAGGAGAACUUUGGGUUCAUGUUCACUGGGUUUGGCCGCUCCGUGUACAUCUUGCUGAUCGCCUUGUUGUCGUUUACCCAAGGCACGUUUGGCAUCAUCAUGGGCAUUGCAUUUUUCUUCUUGUCUGCGUUCAACUUCUUCAUCAUGUGGAACCACCCGCAAUACCACAGUGUGAUGCGCGGACCUUCCACGACCACGGCGUCCCCCGACGCCGCCAACCCUGCCGUGGAACAACGCGUUGCGGAUGCCGCAUAUGUGCCUACUUCCGCCGGCGUUGCCGUCUAAGCACUGGUGUCCCAGGGGACAAGUGUUAUUGCAUGAUAACGAUAAAUAUUCCAGCUUGUGUUUUAGCAGAUCAA